AUGAACACUCAGCCAACGCAGCAAACUGAUGGCACUGAUGAUGAAGAGGCUGCAUUGAAGGAUAUUAGAGAGUCAGCUCUUGCAGACGUUGGGUUUGAUGACUCCAGAGCAAGCAUAGAAGCAAAACAGGCGGGAGCUGAUAUGGACACUACUGAAGCACUCUUGAACGAAGUCGGGGUGUCUAAUAUACAAUCCAAACUUGGUUGUGAGGACGAUUCUGCAAACUUGGUCUCAGAGAUUGAAAAGAUGGCUACUGGUUCUUCAAAAUAUGAGGCUGGCUCUAUUGGCCAAGCCAAGAAUGUGCUCGAAACAAGUGAAGCCGCCCCAAAUAAAAAUCCAAAUUCAGUUGCUGUUGCCAAUACUGCACUCGCAAGUGGCAAAGCCAGCGCAAUAGAUAACCUUGGAAGGGAACCAAUGAAUGGAAACGUUGAACCCCUGGAAGUCGGAGAGUCCUUCCUAGCAAAGCGAGGUCUCAGUAGCAACACACCUGCAGAUGAUUUUUCUUCGGAGAUAAUGCCGCUACCAUCAGGCGAAUCCCUUCAACAUGUCAUGCUCCAAAGUACGUUGACUGAUCCUGGUGCGCAUGCCAUGCCUGGGAUGUAUCAUCCACGAGACAACCAUGUCCAACGAGACAAUCAAACAGACACCGCAGAAGCUUCUUUGGUGCCGACUCGGACUGAUCACAAUCAUCAUGGAGGAACAGAGGGUCCUCUGAUUGUCGCCAAUAUGGUCAUGGACACAAGUGCUGGUGAACUUCAUAGAGCAGAAGAAGUGACCCAGGAAGAAUUGCAAAGGAAAAAAAGGCAAUCGUCCAUGGCUUUAUCUAUAGCUGGUUUCCUCGCAGCAGGCUUCCUGGCCAUUGCCGUCUUGGUUUUGGUUCUUCUUCUUGCGCUGCGACAAGAUAGUGAUGAUGGUGCCUUUGCUGGUGAUAUGGCCCACCAAAUCCCUCAAAAUGAGACUCUGCCUCCUCGUCCAAUGACGGCUGAGGAACGCAUGUUGUCCCUCUUGCCGGACUUCACCAUAUCCAAACUCAAUGACAUUGACUCACCUCAAAACAGAUCCUUUGAAUGGAUCAUUCAAGAUCCUCUCUUUGACAACUACACAGACCAUCGAAUCCUCCAGCGCUAUGGCUUCGCUACAUUUUACUAUGCAACUGGAGGAGGGACAAAAUCAUACUGGUACAGUGAUGAUCAUUGGCUCUCUUAUGACCAUCACGAAUGUGACUGGUAUGUGAAAAACAUCAACCAUUACCAUGAUUAUGUGAUCAGCGAAAAUUGGAGCAAACCAGUUGGACCUUGUGAUUACAAUGUCAAUGAGCCCUUCGUUAGUGCCACUCCUCAGCAAAUGGAGGAAGGGGGUAUCUAUCAACAUCUUUGGUUGUACAAUCACGAACUUGGGGGGUACAUACCAGAAGAGCUUUCUCUUGUUUCCACCCUCAAGAGCAUUCUUCUCUUGAAGAACCAAAUCAAAGGUUCGAUUCCAUCCCACUUGGGUAUGCUUUCAGAUUUGGAAGCCCUAUUCUUAUACAGCAACGACUUGUCUGGGACGCUUCCAACUGAGCUUGGGAUGCUUCCAAAUAUCACGUACAUUUGGUCAAUGGCCAACCCAGGGUUGACUGGAUCACUUCCAAGUGAGAUUGCUCAGCUCACAACUUUGAAGCAGUUCUUGACAGACAGUUGCAACCUGACUGGACAGAUCCCUUCGGAACUGGGCCUAAUGUCAAACCUGGAGUUCUUUUGGGCAUGGAGCAACCCAUUGACAGGCACUCUGCCCACAGAGCUUGGCCUUAUGACAUCCAUGCGACGGUUUGGGCUGUGGAACUGCACCUUGUCCGGAAGCAUCCCUGCGGAAAUGGGAAUGAUGGAGUCCAUGGACGAGUUGGCUUUUGAUGAUAACCCAAAAAUGGUGGGCACCGUUCCUUCGGAGCUUGGGAUGCUGUCCAAACUGACAACCCUCCAUUUUGGUGGAACGUCACUCACAGGAACAGUCCCUACAGAGAUUACACAGUUGCCAUUGGGCUCAUUGUUUCUACACAAUUCAGGUCUUUCUGGCUCUCUUCCAUCAGAGUUGGGCUUGCUCUCUGGUUUGUGGAGACUUUGGUUGUUCAAUAGUAGCUUCACGGGGACACUUGCUACAGAGUUUGGAUCUUGGCAAUCAUUGGAGUACAUGAGAUUGCAAAACAACCAGUUUUCGGGUCCAAUCCCAAGUGAAAUCGGAAGGUUUGAGAACCUGACUGAGUUGCUGUUGCAUGGCAAUUUCUUUACGGGCACAGUGCCCAAAGAGUUGGGGUUGCUGCAAAAGUUGACCGAUUUGUCGGUCAGCAACAAUAGCCUUACCGGCAGCAUUGACCCUGCUUUGUGUGAGUUGGGCUCGUGGCUGACGGAAGGGGCGACAGGAAUCCAGGUUGAUUGUGACUUGGUGGACUGCAGUUGUGAUGUUUGUGUUUGUGAUUGA